AUGGUCCGCUCAACAAGGGCCAGCCUACUGGCCCUCGUAUCCGUCCUCUCUCUGUCCAUCGCCACCCUGACUGCCCCAGCGGAAGCCCACUCCUCAGCCUGGCCCACCAUUACCCGAUCGGAGCAUGUCCUCUAUCUCAGGCACGAUAUUUUGCCCAGAGCACCGCCAUACGCCCUCCACAGGGACCAGCCCCUCGCCAAACGGACUCUCGAUCAACAACUCAACGCCCAACCAAACACCAUCCAAAAAGACGACACCGUCCGGCUCCAAUUCGUCGCAUUCAACACCACCUUUCAUCUCUAUCUCGAACCCAACACUGAGCUCAUCCACCCAGACGCAAAUCUGGGGCCAGAUCUCUCCAUAGAUGACAUCAAGCCCUUCAAAGGGGUCGUCGUCCAGGAUGAACACCAUUCGGACCACAAGUGGACCCGAGCCGCAACCACAACUCGAAUGGCCAAGAGAACCGUCGAGCAUAUGCUGUAUGAGGAGGGCGUCGUUGGCUGGGCCCGCAUGAUGAUUGAACACGACCCUGACAGCGCGGAUAGUCUAGUGCUUCGGGGAGCAUUUAUGGUUCAUGGAGACACCUACCAUGUCACUUCGCAACAGUCCUACCACAUCCAGAAGCGAUCCGACGAUGCCUCUCCUGCCUCAACCUUCUCAGCGUCCCGUCUGAUCAUCUACCGCGAUUCCGAUCUCUAUAACCCAUCGACUCUCUCCAGAAGGAAGCGAGGCUUGAACACGGACGAGGUCUCAUGUGGAGCGGACCACAUGCUGAACAAAACUGCGGCCUACAUAGAAGCGACCUCAUCUCGCGACUAUUACUAUCCGCCAGAUCUGUCAGCGACCGUACCCAUGAUGGGCGGAUUCGACGCGAGCUCAUCCUGGACUGACAUGCUGACAGCGCCCUUGGUCAAACGGCAAGUCGCCGUCAAAGUUGCAGGACCCAGCCCUGUCCCCGACGGCUGUCCCGCCAACCGCCUCGUCAACUACAUGGGUGUCGCUGCCGACUGCGCUUAUGUUCGGAGCUAUGGAGGACAGGCUGCGGCCAGGAAGCAAAUCUUUGCCAACUUCAACACUGCCUCUGCAAUCUAUGAAAGCACCUUCAAUGUCGCCCUCGGAGUCAUCGCGCUCAAUAUCACGUCCGAAAAUUGCCCCGCCACCCCUGUCAAGGGUGAGGAAUGGAACCAGGAUUGCUCCGCAACCUAUUCAAUCGAUCAGCGUCUGAGCGAUUUCUCGUACUGGAGGGGUCAAGAGGGCCGCGCAAGUGAUGGCGCUGGGCUGUGGCACCUGAUGACGAAAUGCAACUCUGGACCGGUUGUCGGGAUCGCAUGGACAAAGGCUCUUUGCCAGAUGAAGUCCCAGUCCCAGAACGCACUGGGACAGGGGAUCCAAUAUACCGCAGGCACGGGAGUUUCCUCCGUCACCCCGAACGAGUGGAUGGUCGUCGCACACGAGAUCGGUCAUGGCUUUGGAGCGAUUCACGACUGCACUGCCCAGACUUGUCCUUCUUCCGCCGGACAGUGCUGCCCACUCUCAGCAACGACAUGCGACGCUGGCGCGCAGUACAUCAUGAACCCUUCGGAACAGACAGCAACCAAGGUCUUUUCGCCCUGCAGUAUCAAAGCCAUCUGUGGAACCAUUAAGAGCUCGUCAGGACAAUGUCUUCAGGCCCCAGGAACUCGGGAAACACAAAGCUCCGAAGCCAACAUCUGUGGAAACGGUCUCAAGGAAACGGGCGAAGACUGCGACUGUGGAUCAGCCGAGGAAUGUGCCGCGGACCCUUGCUGUGAUGGCACCACCUGCAAGUUCAAGGACGACGCUGUGUGUGACGAUUUGAACGACGACUGCUGCCAGAACUGCCAGCUCAAACCGGCGGGACAAGUGUGUCGACAGGCCAUUUCCGAGUGCGAUAUCCAGGAAGUCUGCUCGGGCGCCAGCCCCGCUUGCCCACCCGAUGUCAAAGUCAAGGACCAGUCACCGUGCCAAGGCACCGGAAACGCCACAGGACUCCAAUGCGCCAACGGUGUGUGCACUUCACGCGAUCUGCAGUGUCAGCAACAGGAUCGACCCGGCAUCACCAAGCAAUGCGGAGCCUCGAAUUCGUGCGAUCUAAUGUGCAAUGACCCUGGCGGAAGCGCGUUGAGUUGCAUGCAGAUUCCUGGCACCUAUUUUAUCGACGGCACGCCCUGUGGAUUUGGAGGCACAUGCAAUGGAGGACAGUGCGCGUACAGCAGCGGUAUCAAGGGUGUGUUGAACUGGGCCAGGACCCAUUUGACGAUCGUGAUCCCUGUAGGCUGUGUGCUGGGUCUGAUUUUGCUUUGCUGUAUUUGGGGCUGCUGCUGUUCAGGAUCUGUGCGUCGCCGAAGACAGAAGAGCAUGCUCCGGAAGCCAUCCAUCAGACCGAACGGCGCCCGCUCAGUGGUAGGCCCUCGACCCGGCGCAGGAGGUCCCAAUGAAGUUCAGAGAGCUCAGCACGUUGGCCAACAAUACCCUCUGGGACCGUUACCGCCACCGCCUGUGUAUUACGAUCCAUCUACGCUGCAGCAGAGAUCAAGGGAGGACGAGGAGCUUCAGCGGGCGAUCGAGGAGAGUCGGAAAGAACACGAGAGGCAGACGCGAGCUAUGGCCGGUAGUGGUGAAGGUACUACUCCUCCUCCUCCCUUCCCCGAGGUUUCCAAUCCAGCAUCAGCGCAAUGGAAUAAUGGAGCAACAGUGGUCUCGACACCGUACGUUGAUAACACCUACUCGCAGCGCUUCUCCCGCCAACCCAGCAGCAACGGAGGCAGCAUUGGUAGGAACGGAGGUAGCAUUGGCAGGAACCGAGUCGCCAACGAUCCCUUUGCGAACCCAACAGUCAUGUCGCAGAACACGACUGGAUACACGUAG